AUGGUGUCGUUAUUCGGGCUUCUCUUUGUCAUACUUCUAGUACCGACAUGGAGCAACGCAUACAAAAUGGUGCUUUUCGUGCCCGAUAUGGCUAACAGUCAGGUGCUUUUUAAUGCUCGAGUAGCGGAGACGUUAGCAAAGGCAGGUAACGAUGUCACGAUGGUGAUGAUUUUGCCGUAUAAUGACAGAGACUCGAGUGACGUGAAGAUCAUGAAAGAAGUGAAAAUUCAUCGCAUCAACGCUUCAUUUGGUCUCACACGAGAAUUCCUUGAAGAGCAGCAGCAAAAAGUCAUAUUCAAGGAUCUGACCAUAUGGGAUCCAAGGCUCCGAGCGAAUAUGGAUAGGAUGACAACGUUCCUAACGGAGGUGUGCCGAAAAGUAGUUGAGAACAAGGAGUUCCUCGAGUGGUUGACUGCUCAGAAGUUUGAUCUUGCCUUUUCUCACAUUUACGACGUCUGUCACAUUGGUCUUAUACACUACGCUAAAAUUCCUUCAUGGAUUUGGCUGAACAGUGGCAAUCUUAUGGACUUCGUGGCUCAUCACAUGGGAGUGCCGAGAAUUCCAAGCUAUAAUCCUCCAACAAUUAUGGAAAGCACAGAUCAGAUGAAUUUUGUGGAAAGAACGAAAAGCUUCAUUGGACACGCGAUCCUACCAGGAAUGUGGAAG